AUGCAGGACAAGGCCAACAGGGAUUUACAAAAGAAAUCAGUGGGAGAGAUCAGUGAUCAACAGGAGCAGCAGCCUCAAGUCCCUGUUUUCUCUUCCCCAGAUGAGAGUAAAACAGGUCAGAUGAGGAUCUUCACCAGGUGGAUGAAUGUGUUUCUGCAGAGACGUAAUCCUCCAGUUGAAGUGCACGACCUGUUCACAGACAUUCAGGACGGCAGAAUACUGAUGGCUUUGCUGGAGGAGCUCUCUGGGUGCAAACUACUUUACAGGUUUAGGUCGUCUCCUCACCGCAUUUUCAGACUGAACAACAUUUCUAAGGCCCUGGCUUUCCUGGAUGAUAGACAUGUGAAGCUGCUUGGCAUCGAUGCCUCUGGUAUUGCUGAUGGCAUCCCUUCUGUUGUUCUUAACCUUGUCUGGAUCAUCAUCCUGUAUUUCCAGGUAAAGGAGGUGACAGGAGGGCUCCAGAGGCAUUUGUCUUCUAGCCUCUCUUCCUUAUCAAUGAGCACUUACCCCUCCUCCGGUGACCUCUCACCUCAGCCAAAUGACAUUGGCAGCUACUCCUGCAACACCCUGCCAAGCAAAGGCAGAAAGGCUGCCAGAGAGGCAAAGUACCAUGGGAAAGCAAUCAAGACUCUGCUGCAAUGGGUCCAAACAUGUACAUCAAACUUUGGGGUGGAGGUGCAUGACUUUGGGAAGAGCUGGAGGAGUGGGCUGGCAUUCCUAGCUAUGAUUAAGUCCAUAAACCCAGCCUUGGUUGACCUGAGAGAGAGCCUGUCUAGAGUGCCAAGAGAAAACGUCCAGCUGGCUUUCAAGAUAGCCCAUCACAGUUUGGAUAUACCACCUCUGCUGGAGCCUGAAGAUGUUUUGUGCACUUCACCAGAUGAGCGGUCCAUCAUCACAUAUGUGUCUAUGUUCCUGGGGCAUUGUUCAGGCAUAGAAGAGGAUCGUAUAACCGAUUUGGAAGUUCCAGAGAUCCCAAAUUUUGGAUCACUUGAGUCAGUCAGCCUUGGGGAGACCGAUGACCCAGAAAUGCAAGCUUUGCUGAAAGGCUUGGAGAAGAGCAGUGAGCAGCAAUUGUGGAAACAGUGGGGUAGAAGACCCUCAGGAACUUCGGACGUCUCAUCCAGUCGUAGCCAAAGCAUCACUGAACAACCUGCAGGCAGUGCCGCAACCUCACCAUUCAACAAAAGCAAGCAUCGAAGCAUUUUAAAGCCACCCAGUCCGCUGGAUGCAGACGUAGUCAGCCAGGACAUCAGAUCAUGGAUGGAGAAAGCGUCUCUGGAUCAGGGCUACAACAAGCCAAGAGUGGAUGAUCAUUUUUCUUUGAGCUCAGAGGAAGGAAUCUACAGUUUGUCAGCACUGGACUCAGAUGAGGAGGAGGCCUACAGCUACAUCCUGGAUCUGAAUAAAGAGGUUUUUCAACCAUAUAAUCAGCUGAAAAGACCAGUACCAAGGGUUGAAGAGGAAACAGCAGAAGAAAUGUUCCUGAAUGGACAGCAGCAAGAGUCAAAACAUCCGGAAGUAUGCAAGACGUUUAACGGCAGCGGAUGUAAACAUGAAAAAAGCUCACUUGCACAAAAUGUUGAACCAGAAGUCAGGGCUCAAUCGGUGGUUCAUAGGAAGUUUGAUCGGGACAAGAAUGAAAGUAGCUCCAGAAAGCUGGCAAACAACGGAGCUAUGUUUGAUGUGGAGCCAGAGGAAGAAAGCAGAAGCAGAGAGGGACGUGAAGAGGAGAGAGUUGUCAUAGGACAGAGUAAUGAUGAUGCUGAUUACUGCGAGGAAGAGAGAAAGAAGGAGAAGACAGAAAAUGCUACAUUGGUGAUGCAUGGUUAUGAUAAAACAGAGGCUCUGGUGGACGAAACCAAGAAAACAAGGCUUUUUGAGGUGGCUAGUUGGAAGAAAGAGCUUCAGGAACCGACUGAAAGAGGGCUUUUUGACAAACGUCGACAAGGCAGUGAGAAAAGAACGGCAGAUGGAGAAGAGGAGGAAGACAAUUUGACAACGUUUGAGGAAGGGCGGGACAAAAAGUUAGUGAAAGAAAAAGAGGGAGAGGAUAUUGUAAAGGAGGAAGAGAGGGAAUAUCAGCAAAGUGGGAAUGUAGAAAGUUUCAUGGUGGGAGUAAAUGAAAAAAUAUUAAUAGACGUGGCUGUAAAUGAAGUCAGAGGAGCUGAUGCAACUGGAAUUAAGACAGAAGAAGAAAAUGAGAGGAAAGUCAUUGCCGGCCCCAAAAUGGAAGAUUUAGCUUGUAAUGAUGAAGGCAAGGAGGUAUUCAGUGGUGAAAUCAUUAAUUUAAUGGAUUUUGAGGCAGUUACAACAGAAGAUGACAAAGACAGGGAAUUUAAGAUUAACAGACGGAAACUGACUGUUAAGAAGGCAACAACAAAAGAUCAUCCUGGUAAAAAUGCCCCAAAAAAUGGAGGGACCGACCAUAGCAGUGAUAACAGUUGGACUCCUGCCUGCAGUGCAACCUCUCAGUCAGUCAGAGAGGGAGAAUUCAUUCUUCAGUCUUUAGCAGGCUUGUGUGACAUAACCCCAUUAGAGCUGGAAAUGCUCUUGGUCCUGUGGAUUCUGCUCUACUGCUGCUUCAUCCUACCUCAAAUGAACCUCUGAGUCCCCCUGUAGUACACCCUUCUCAUUAAGAUAUGCUUAUUAACCCAGUUUCCACAAAUGAGCCAAACAGGGACACGUAGGGCUGGGUUGACUCUUUAUCUGUGUCACCAAAUUUCCCUCAAGGCAGCAUUUAAUGAUUAUGUUUUCUUUUUGCUGCCAGCAGAAAUAAUUUGUCAUUUGGGCUAUCGUUGUCAGAUUAACACAUAAUGCUGUUAUUUCCAUUAUUACAAUUUUUUCAGCUACUUGGUCUUACAAUACACCAAUUAUUAGAAAUGGUUUGUGAGUUUUAGUGCGUUUUUGCUGAAUGCAUGUUCAAAAUGCUCUGUUUAUUUGAUUUAUCUUUCUGGCAGAAAUACUCCUUUCACUUCCAGUGGAUUUUACUAACCACAUGGUGGCAUUGCAGCAUUACAGCAGCAACUGUCUCACAUGAAAGACUGUCAUUACAGCAUUCUGUUGACGGCUGAGAAUCCCAUAUGACCUGCUGUUUAAUUAGAAGCUGUAUUGACAUGGUGAGAUUAAGCUGAUAAUAUUUAAUGAGCACUUUGACAUUUCGUAGACUCUCCCUGUGUCACUUGUGGCUUAGAAUGUAUAUUGUUUCAUUGUUUUCAUCUCAAAUACUGUAUGA